AAUUCGCAUUGCGAUUUCUUUUUUGUCCGCAUCUGGGACCUUUGGGAGUUGAGGGUGCGAUGUUCGAAUCGCUGUGCGGACAUCUGUUUUUGCAUCUUUUUGGAUUUGUGGCUAACUUGAAUUUCGGGUCCCAGCGGUAGAGAUGGUGGACGAGGGUGUGUGGUUGGUGGGUGACAUGGUUUUACAGAAUCGCCGAACACAUGGUCGGCUUCACUGGGAACAUCGAGGAAGGCUGGUCACAGCACAAAACUUGCGUGCCGUGAGAUAAGCAAGAUUGAUACUUGCUAAAGUUAGGGACUCUUUGUUGUAGUCUUAUGCAUCAAUAUGCCAUGGAUCAUGUGGUUCUCACGUUCGCGGAAGUCAUUGGGAGGAGCGACCAGGCCUAACGUAAGGCUACUAAAAUUUUGGAUACGCGACCACCAUUCCGAUAUCCACCACAACCACCGCCCAACAUGGCUGAACCCGAUGUGAAGGCCACACCGGCAGGUGGCACGCCCGCAGGGCCCGUUAAACCUCCGAAACCUCCCAACCCUGUCUGGAAGAUGAUGGGCCUACCCAACAUCCGCUUCAAGCUCCCCUCACGCAAUUGGAUGAUAUUCCUCUCUAUCACGGGAUCAUGGACAGCCGCCGUCAUGUACGACCGUCGCGAGAAGAAGCGCAUACAAAAGAAAUGGGCGAAGUUGGUAGAACACAUUGCGCAGGAACACCUAGAUACGCAACAGCUUCCCCGGAAACUCUCCCUGUUCAUCUCCGCGCCGCCAGCAGAUGGACUGGUACCUGCGCGCGACCACUUUCACGAAUACAUAAAACCUAUCUUGGUUGCGGCUGCGCUCGACUGGGACGCGGUGGAGGGGAGGAGGGAGGGCGAUGUUAGGGCUGGGUUGGCAGAGCGGAUACGAAAGUUGAGGAAGAAGAGGGGAGAACCAACUUCUGAGCCUAUCGAGGAGGAUGUUGAGGAGCUGCUCGAGGCGACGAGACAAAAGGCAGGAGUGCGAGAGUGGGAUGGCCCAGCAGGGGAUAUAGUCGUUGGGAGGCACGCUUGGAAAGAGUAUGUCAGAGGGAUGCAUGAGGGCUGGUUAGGCCCGUUGGAUUCGCCUGCUCCAGUACCAACGCCUGCUGAUAUCUCCGCCUCCACGAUCGAGCCUACACCCGAGUCCACCCCAUCUCCAGCCGAACCAAUCGCUAUACCUACAACGCCAGUAGCGACCGACGAUGCUUCCCCCACUGCUGUUUUCGAGAACCCAAAGACAGAGGAGAUUGCACCGGAGGCUGAGAAGGCAAAAGAGGAGGAAACCAAGGCCAAGAAGAAGACACAACCACCUCCAUUUAACACAACAUCCGAUUACGAGAACGCCGCACUCUCUCCGAACUGCCCUCGAUCACUUGGGCCCACCGCCGUCGUUCCGCUCCCGCAUCUUCUCGGCUUCUGGAACUUCCCCAUUCGCAUGUACCGGUACUUGAACAAGCGCAAAGUUGCAGACGACGUUGGUCGGGAAACAGCAGCAGCGGUGCUUGGUGUCUUCCGACCUUUCGAGGCUCCUGGUGAAGCCUCCGUGACUAGCGAGGAAGAUGGACACAGCAGCGCCCAAUGGGAACAGCAGCGGUUACUGGCUCACGAAGAGGCAAGUUGGCACAAGACAGCACGAGAGCGGAAAUACGAAGACGGGCAGGAGAAGGUUUGGUUGAGUGAAAUGGUUCUCGAUCCACGCAUUGCAGAGCGUAUGAAGAGAUUCGCAUUGGAUGCUGACACCGAAGAGCGUGCCAGCAGGGUAUCUGUUGAGAGAGAAGAGUCGAGGUUCAGUUCGCUAUGGCCGAAAGAGAAGAAGAAGCCUCUUUGGGAGGGACUGAGCGAUGAUUGAGCAUUCCUGAACUAUACCAUCUCACCUUCGAUAUUGUGUUAUAAAACCGUGGAGUGUAAGAGUAGAUAUGUAUCAUGAAAGCAUUUGACGGCGCAAAAAUACCAGCUGGAGUUUGUC